CUCCACCUCCUGACGUAAUUGCACGGUGGGCGCCUUUACUAACGGUUGACAUUGUGUAACAUUCAGGUAGCGUGCGUCUCUUAAGGCUUUAACAUUAAAAUCAUUUAACUGAAUUACAGCCAGUAGUUAUCCAGGCAGGGAGGAAGAAAGUGGACAAUAUUUAAAGCAGAAAUGAGUUCCCAAAUCCGACAAAACUUUCAUGAGGACUGCGAGGCUGCAAUCAACAGACAGAUAAACUUGGAGCUGUAUGCCUCCUAUGUUUAUCUCUCAAUGGCACACUAUUUUGACAGGGAUGAUAAAUCCCUACCAAAUUUUGCCAUAUUCUUCAAUGCACAGUCGAAAGAGGAGCGUGAGCAUGCAGAGAAGCUGAUGAGUCUGCAGAACAAGCGUGGAGGCAGAAUUUUUCUGCAGGACAUCAAGAAACCUGAUAGAGAUGAGUGGGGGAGUGGCCUUGAGGCACUGGAGUGUGCCUUUCAGCUGGAGAAAAGUGUAAACCAAUCCCUGCUGGACCUGCAGAAAAUGGCAGCCGAACACAAUGAUCCUCAUAUGUGCGACUUCAUAGAAACACAUUUUCUGGAUGAGCAGGUGAAAUCAAUCAAACAACUGGCAGACUGGAUCUCAAACCUGCGUCGCAUGGGAGCCCCUCAGAAUGGGAUGGCUGAGUACCUCUUUGACAAACACACCAUGGGAGAGGAAGCCAGUUGAACUGACUGCGAAUCGUCAUCCUUCUCUGCUUGCCCUACUCACCUCUGGAGAUGCAAGCAUUCUGUGUGUUAAAGAUCAUGCAACAUUUCUGCAGAUAUGUCAUCUAACAUUACAGUUAUUUAUGCAUCAGCCUCCUGUGACAUGAUUUAGAUAAAUAGGUGUGUGCGAUUUAAACCAUGACAACGUAACAUUUAUUGGUUGUAUGAUGUAAACCAAAAAAAAAAAAGUCCCCUUCACACCGGAUUAACACCACCCUAUGAUCUCCACUCAAAUAUAAAUUCACUCGAAUGUCCCUGUAAAUCACUGCAAAUUUGGGAAACCUCGUUUUAGUGUGGAAGCAAGCAGUACGAUACUGUGCUCAUACAUUGUGCUUUUAGUACUUGGCACAUACAUUUGUCCUUACUGCUUUGCUGGCUAUCCUACCAUUACAUCUACACUAGGAUUUUUCCUCAUAAUCUGCAGAAUUGUUUUUCUGGACAUCUGUCAUCAAUUUUUUUAGCUUUACUGUAGAAGAGGAAACAUUGACAAAAUUGCUUAUUGAAAUACAUGCUUCAUUUCCAGCUGUGAAAUAGUUCUGCUUCUUUUGAUAUAGCCAAUGAUGCAAUGUUUUUUUUUAUUAGCUUUAAAGCCAUAAUCUGCACUUAGAAGUGAAAAUAUGAUGAAAUACAAUCCUACAAAACAAGCCAUAAACAACAAACUCUUGAUAUUUAAUGCACUCAAUAUACAUAUUGAAAGCUUUAAUGAUUUUAUUUAUUUUUCUCUCAAUUGAUCUUUUUAUUAUUUUAAGAGGUGAGUGCCUAUGGCAGUGCUGUUACCAGUUUUUCUGUUAUAUAUUUAUUAAAUAAGUACUUUGUCCGUUAUUGAAAGAACAUUGGUUUAAAGGGAUUUGUCUGUAAUUUUGGGUUUUUUGGUCAUUUUCUUUCCAACGUUCAAAUUUGAAUUAUUUUUGCCGUUACGUUAUAAAAGUGUAUAUGCUUAGUUUUUCAUAUAUGUUAUAGUGUAUGUAUAAAAAGCUUGUUUUAUGAAAAUGAAGCAAUAUUAUGCAAAUCCUUUGUGGGCUUCAUUUUUAUUUAAAUAAACAAUGAUGAAAGUA